AUGAGUACGGCCAUCGCAAUGGCACCGUCGCCGGCACCCCACGACAGACCGUCGUAUGUCGACAUCGCACCCUCAGCAUCUUCAACGUCCCCUCCUGCGCAGCGCGCGUCUGCUUCGGCGACUCCGAAUCUGUCUGCUCCACGGACAGGGAGUGGAAGUCCGAAGUCUGCAUCGGCUUCAAAGGGUUCUCCAAACUUGUCUCGAAACGGUGUCCCGCCAAAAAUAAUCGUGAAAAAGGAACCUUCCUCGCCAGACUUACCAACCUCUCGACACAGACCUCGAAAGCUUGACCUGUCCAAGAACACGUCGACAAACAACCCAAGCACAGCAAGACCAUCCGCCGGUCAAUUGACGUCGAGAGGUGACAGUGGUGGACUUGGCAUUCAAGACGUUGGAUUGGCGUGUCUGUCGCCGGGAUUUGUCACCCAGGAUCCUACCAUGAGGGAACAGUUGCAGCGGAGUAUAUCGGUUCGAGAACAACAGAGGCAUAUCAUUGAGUCGCGGUUACAGCAAACAGCGAAGCCGGGCGAUGCACCAAUGGAGAGUGCGAAGGAACGAGAACUGGGAGGAUUCCCCGCCAAGACUCCCGGUACAUCGAAAAGGAAGGCGCCUCCAGGACUGAGCAUCGUAGCACCGCCCCACGAGCAAUUUGCCAACGAGAGAGUAAUUCAAUCCGCGCCCCUCCAUCAAUCUUUCACGGGACGACAUCAACCACACCCACUUACGAGACACAUUGCGAACCAACCGUCAAACCUCGCAAGCACUUCGCACAUCCACCAUGUUCCAGCAACUCAAACGAGCAACCGUCUUCCUCCCAUCACCGACGUAUUUGCAAGUGAAGGUCUCGGUGCACACCGCGAAAGCAACGGCAGCCGCUCUGCAUUCUUCCCCACAAACAAUAAUUCCGGCUCCGCCUCUAAUUCCUCGCAUUCGAACUCAAGACCGACUUUCCCCUCCCCAGGACACAACAAUAAUGCGCCGCAAUCAGCGCGACCCCGCGAGUACCGCUCAGCCGAAGAUGCACAAGUAGAAUUGGCCGGUGGACGACCCGAGCUUCUGCCAAAGUUGGUGCAUUAUGGCGGGCAUCAACCCCCCACGCCUCCCUCGCCACUUACCGGAAACACUAUGAGGCACGGAGAGACGAGCCGCAGCGGUGGAGGCAGAAGGAGAGCACGAGCAGAAUACGAGGAAGGCGGGAGCCCGCCACUCGGAAAUGGACCGUCAACAUCGAGAAGGGGGCCAUUCGGCGAAGGGCGUGACAGCCCCAUGAGCACCCAGAGAAAGAAAGAGGAAUUCAUGCGUUUGUGCGACCGAGCUUGGGAUUUGUUCCACUCUUAG